AUGUCAGUCGCUACAAAGCUUAAAUUCAAAACCGUCAAUGGAGAUGUAAUCGUGCCUAUCUUUACGUUGAUAUCUGCUUUGGUUGUUAUUAUACUCUCAUCGAUUUCUAUGGCAUCCAAUGGCCAAAAUAAUUCACUUCAGCAGUUUUACACUUUCGAGCUCAAUACUUCCACUUUUUUGCAAGAUGCUAUUAAAUUCAGACAGGCGUCCUCUAGCGAGAGUCGUGCUGGGUCCACAUCGGCUCCUGAUCUGGCUUCCACCUCCGGCACCCAAAAUCCUAGGAACUCAACCCUGCCGGCCAAUCCCUCUGUUUUCCUAAGCGAGAGUAUCAAUCAAUUGACAAAAGUUUUUGACACUGCUUUCAAAAACACCGCCGAAUCACCAGGCUUGGAACAACUUAGAUCCCCGGAAAAAAGUGUGAUUUCUGACAUUAUAAAUUUCGGGAAUCAAUUUACCAACACGGCAACUAAUAUAGUUGAAAAUGGGAUAAAAGUCGGGGCUAACGCGAUAGUGUCUGAGAUUUUACAUGCGCUAGGAGUCCGACAAUGGUAUGGGCUCUACCUUGGGGCAUUUUGCUCUGGGGAUUUCAAAGACAAAAAAGUUUUUAAAGAGCUCGGUGUUGUAAGCUGUAGCUCGACUCAAAAAACUACCAAGUCUAGGGAACCAGAAGAUACGAUUCAGAUUGGUAACACAAUUGUUGAUUUCUCAGCUUUAAACUUGGUUAAGAAGUUUACGAUGACACUAGGGCUUCUCAGUACAUUUUUGAAAUCAAUUUUUGUGGUGGAGAUUGUUGGUGUCGCCCUUUGCGCUCUGGUCUUUCUCCUCUCGCCCCUCCUUUUUAUAAAUCGUUUUCGAACCUUCAAAUUACGACUCUGUCUUGGUAUUCUGGCUUUGACAGCUGCAGUGUGCUUUGGAGUGGUGGCAGUUGUCCAGACUAUCAUCGGGGUUCUGGUGAAAUGCUUAGUCAGCCAGCUUGGCUCAGGGCUAGGUAUUCGUGCUGAAAGUGGUCGGCGUCUUCUAUCAUUAUUGUGGAUUAACUUUGGACUAAUGAUCGUCUCGUCGAUGGCCCUUCUAGCCCAGUGUUUCAAAGAAGUAUAUGUCCGGAAAUCAACAUCAGAGAUAAAAAAGCAACAUGAUUCAAGAAAAAUAAUAAGCGAACCUAGUUAA